AUGUGGGGGCUUCGGCACUUAAGGACCUUCGACCAAUAUGCCAACCUCUUGCUGGAGCACAUCGUGGAGCGGCACAUCCUCUUUGAGGAGAAAGUCUAUGCCGACAUCUACCUGGGCACGCUGCUCAUCCGCGGCGAGAAUGUCUGCCUGUUCGGCGAGGUGGACGAAGUGCUGGAAGCGAACAGCAGCCUACAACAGGCUGCUUUGUCUUAUGUCCUCCAACGAGAGCGCGAGUUGGAGGAGACGGGAAAAGCGAAGCCAAAGAACGUAGACCUCUUCCUGGACCACGCUGACUGA